CCGCUGCAGGGAGAAGGAGAAAGUAUGCACGCUUUCCGAGAUCUGGGCUCGUGAACAGUAAGCUGUAAGUGAGGAGUGGCAGGACUACGCUGUACAGUCCUCGAUAAGGGAACUGAAGGGCAACUUACAAUCCCGAGAAUCUAAGAUCACCCUCACAGACACGAGAGCGAGCGAACGAUGCAUACUAUUCUUUCGUACCUUCAGGAGAUUUCGAAGAAGCAGCCGGUGCGUUUGGACGGCUGACAGUACUGCGAAGGAUCCCGUCCAUGCACAAUUUCGACUUACUUGAGGCGAACAAAGAAAGAGAGAGGCCGAGAAAAGAUUUGGAAGGAAUUUUUAAAUUAUCUCCUGGAGCUUGGACAACAAAUGAGAGAGCCAGAUCCAAAGACAAAGAACGAAGCAAGGAAAGGAAAGAAGGAGAGCCGAAUUGGCCUGCGAAUGCAACAUCGGAUUGCUCGCCAGCUCUCCAGAGCCCCAUCUAUCUAUCCGUCUGUCUUCAUGCUAGUCUGCCUGGGACUCUGGACCGCCGAGCGAGACGUAUAGUGCGUGAGAGCAUGAAUCCAUUUUUAUGUUGUCCGAGCGCUAACUCGAGGCUGGCACAUGAAGCAACUCUCGCUGCAUAGAGGGUCGGGCCGGCCGAUCGAGUGGCUGACGAUCUUGUCCAAACGCACCACCACCACCACCACCACUGCGGUCAGUCGUGACCACUGUGGCCAUGAAGAGUGAGUAGAGAGGAGAGAGCAACACGCACGAACAAGAGACUCGAACCGACCCCCAAUCCGUCCCGACCCGACCGACCCGACCCUCCCGUGAAACUCGUGAGGCGCAACCCAUGCGUGCCCGCACGCACAGCACAGCCUUCGGCGCCCAACCUUGCCAGCCCCAGCCAGCGAUGUCGGCGGAGAGAGAGCCACCACCCACCGCCAAACCAUACCAUGGCUAAGGAAAGGAGAGGAGAGGAGGGGAGGGGAGAGGGACGGGCACUCCAUACCCAAUUGCCAGCAUGUGCCGAGUGCUGAUGGCUGCUGCAGGCCCGGGCAUCAUCAUAAUCCAAGGCAUGGAUCGGAUCCGACCAAGUUUGAGUUUCUGAAUAUUUCUUAAACUGGGCUUCGCAACGUUAUAGUCAGCAGAAAACUGGAAUGAAGGACAGCUCAAGUCAGUGGCAUCGCGUCUCAAGUGUCAUACGUUUGAGUUCAUGUCAGGGAUAUCUGAAAUUCAGGCGAUCUGGAUCGAUAAGAAAUAAUGUCUUCCCGUGUAUGCCGACAAGCUUCGACGUUAGUACGUGAGGGUCGGUCUCGUGCCAAAGAGGCAUCAUGUCUUUUUCUGCAUGCCUAAGGAUGCGGAGACCACUCAGCAACUGAACUCCUCCAGGCAUUACGUUUGUGCCUGUCUUAACAUCUACGAGUCUAGCCAAUUCGGUGCUGGUGAGAACUAUGUACGCAAGAUGAGACUCAUUUCUUGCAUGGGUGCCGAUGAAUGAACAAAUAGUCCUUCACUCUUUGCUGGUAUGUUUGUGGUCCUUGUUUGAUCGUCUCG